AUGAUGUUGAUAAAAAAGCCAUUUUUAAAGUGGAAUAAUAUUUUCUCCAUAUUAUAUAUUUCAAAGAAAAAUUAUUAUAAUAUAAAAACUAUUUCAGGUAAUUUUUAUAGGUUUAAUAAAAGAUAUAUUCUUACAUCUAGAGAAGAGAGCCAUUUAAAAGAAUGUAACAAAAACUUAUAUGAAGAAGAAUUAAAUAGCGUAUUUAAGCAAUAUCCUGUUUACAAAAAAAAAAAUGAAAAAAACGAAGAAAUAUUAAUAACAAAUGAAAAUAAUAAAGAUAAAAAGAUUGGAGAUAUUAUUAAAUUAGAUAAUUAUAUAUAUGGAGUAGUAUUACAAAUUAAUAAAAACAAUAUUGUUAUUGGAAAAAUAAAUGAACAAGAAGAAAAAAAUACAAAUAAGAAGCUUACGGAUGUAAAUAAAAAAAACAUAUAUACUCCUUUUGAAUAUGUAGAUUACUUAUUUCAAAAAAAUAGUAAGUUAAAUAUAUUUAAUUCCAAUAGGAAAGAAAUAUACAAAAAAGUUAUAAAAAAGCAAUUAUAUAGUGAUAUAUUAUUAAUUGAUUUUUUUAAUAAAAUAAAUUAUGGUCAAAAAGUUUGUGUUAUAGGGGAGAAAGAGUUAGGGAAAAAAAAAAUAUUAAUCUCAAUUAUGUAUGAAAAUUUACUCGUUAAUUCAAUUAAAAAAAAUGAAAAUUUUUUUAUAAUUUGUUCAAAUAGUUAUAAGUGUGAAGUUAUUAAUAUUUUUUCUCAUUUAAAUGAAUUAUUUAGAAACACUUAUAAGAAUAUAGGGGAGAAUAAUAAUGAUACAGAAAAUCAAAUAGAAAACAUUUAUUCAAAAAAUUAUAUUUAUGAAAAUAUAAAAAUACCUGAUGACGUAUUAUUAAUAAAUUCAACACCAAAUAAUGACUCCAAAAUAUCAAGUUAUAUCUUGCCAUUAUUAUCAUUAUAUAAUUUGAAUGAAUAUGAGAAAAAGUAUAAAAAUGUAAUAUUAAUUUUUUACGAUAUAAAUAAUUAUAAUAAUAUAUAUUUAGAACUACAAAAUCAAAUGAAUACAUUCAUGAAAAAUUAUUAUCAUAAAAAUGAAGAAAUAAAUAAGUCAAAAUCUUUAUAUAUAGCUUCAUUACCUUUCUCAAUUCAAACAAUUUUAUCUAAGUAUUUUUCAUCAUCUGUAUAUCCAUAUUAUAAACAAAAAGAUAACAAUUCACAAAAACAAGAUAAUAGUAACAAUAUUAAAUUCUCAUUAGAGAAUUUUAAAUUCUCAGAUUUGUUAAAUAUUAAUGAAGAUAAAAAUUAUAAUAUAUCAAAUAGUGUAACUACAUUUUGUUUUUUUGAUGAUGAUGAAAAAAUAAAUCAAAUAAAAAAUUACGCAUUAUCACUUAGUGAAAACAAUAUUUAUUUAAAAAAAAAUAAUUUAAAUAUUUAUCCAGAAAUUAAUGUAAAUUAUUUUAUAAAAAAUGACAUUGUUGAAAAUAAUAAAAUAUGGAGAAUAAUUAAAAACGAAAUAAGAAAUAUAUUUGAUAAAAGAAACGAACUAUUUGAAUUAAUAGAAAAUAAAAAAAUGAUGAAGAUAUAUAUAGAUCAUUGGGAGUAUGAAGAUUUUAUUCAUUAUAAUAAUAUUUAUUAUAUCUUAAUAUAUAAAAAUUUUAAAAUAUUUAAUUUAAAUUCAUUUGAAAAUCUUGUGUUUUUGCGAAAUCUCUUAACAUAUAACUUUACGAACGAAAUUAUAUCACAAAAAAGUAUUGAAUUAUUUUAUGACCAAUUUUUUAACUAUUAUUUUAAAAAUUUAAAAUAUUUCUCGUUUCUGUAUACUGAAUAUUAUAAAAACAUUAAAUCAUUUUACCAAAUAAAAAAUGCAGUUAUAUUUCUUAAUAAAAUUGACGAAGUAAUAAAAAAUAUUAAGCCACCUUUCAAUUAUAUUUUAUAA